AUGCCAUUAGACGUCUCCACGGAGCUGGUGCUCUACAGAGACCCGUGGGAGAUCAAGAAGCAGCUAAUGGAAAGCGACGUCAACGGCUCGUCACGGCUCCUGCUUCCACUGGACUGCCUGAACGCCCAUGUGUUCCCCAAGAUGGGCGAGGAGAUGGUGAGGCGGAUCAGGGGCGGUGAUGACGAGAAGGUCCUCGUGCUGGACAUGGACACAGAACGCGAGCACCAGCUCGUGUUCCGCCGCUGGAAGUCGGGAAGUUACGUGCUGAAAGGAGGUUGGACCAAGCUGUUCGUCAGGGGGCUAGGGUUGGAAAUUGGGGACGAGAUCGGAAUGUUUUGGGACGAGGCCUCUGGCAAGUUCUACUUUAAGGUCCUUCACAAGGUUGCUCUUGGCACGGGCAAUGCAGGGGCUUGA